UGUGAGCUCGCCUGGACACCCGUCAAGAUGUCUGGUCUCAAAGCUCACUCAUCGACAUCGUUGAACUCGAAGGAGAAGGACCCAGAGAUUCUCGCUGGUACACAGGAGAUCGUGCGGGAGGCCCAGCCCACGAAUAAGUUCAAGGGGUAUGUCGAUAAGUUCAACGCUUGGUUAGCCUCGAGGGGAUUGGACGGACAUGGCAUCGAGCCCACGACAGAGGAGCAACGAAAAGAUACACGGAUUUUCCAAGUAUUUACUGUAUGGUUCUCUGGCAACAUCAAUGUUUUAACUUUCGGAGCAGCCAGUAUUGGCCCUGCUUUCUUCGGCCUCGGAAUGCGGACAACAUUCCUUACGUGUGUUGUGACGGAUCUGAUAACCUGCGUCUUCCCUGCAUACUUCGCGGUCUUCGGGCCGAAAUUGGGAACACGAGCAAUGGUUCAGAGUCGCUUUUCCUGGGGCUACUAUGGAGCAAUCAUCCCUACCUUCCUGAAUGUCCUCACGAUGGUAGGCUAUCUCGUCAUCAACUGCAUCAUCGGAGGCCAGACGCUCGGCGCAGUGCUCCCUCAUCCUAGCGCAACUCUCGGAAUCGUCAUCACAGGUCUCAUCUCACUUGUCAUCACAUUCUGCGGCUAUCAGAUACUUCACUGGUACGAGAUGCUCUGCUGGAUUCCAAAUGCUGUUGCUGUGGUCGUCAUGCUUGCGAUAAACAGCAAGACAUUGCGCAGUGUACCCGUUGGAGACCCGACACCGGCAUCAGCUGCGUCUAUUCUGAACUUCGCGGCUGCUGUCGCCGUCAGCGUGGUUUCAUGGUGUCCCAUCUCACCGGACUACGGCAUCUUCCACGACCACAAAGCUUCUAGCAUGAGAAUUUUCAUUUACUCGUACCUUGGAUUCUUCCUCUCUAGCGUCGUGAUGCACCUUGUCGGUGCGGCAUUCACUGCAGCCGUGCCGUAUGUGCCGGCAUGGCAGGCGGGCCUCGGAAACGGCAACGACGUCGGCGGGCUCAUCGCCGCAGUGCUGGCCGGCGUGGGCGGCUUUGGCAAGUUUCUCGUCGUGUGCAUGGCGCUGACGACCCCAAGCGCGACCACACCGGUGAUGUACACGGCAUGCACGAGCCUCAUGACGAUCUGGCGUGGCUUCGAAAAAGUUCCGCGAUUCUUGCUCGCGAUUAUCUCCACUGCGAUACUGAUACCGGUGGGCAUCGUCGGCGCGACAGAGUUCUACGAUACAUUUACACAGAUCCUCAGUUUCAUUGGCUACUGGCUGGGACCAUUCAUGGCAAUUGUCCUGACGGAGCACUUCGUCUUCCGGCGUCGGUGGUGCGCAUACGCCGUCGCAGAUGCAUGGAACGUCCCGACGCACCCGCGCCUAGCGCGGGGAUACGCCGCAGUGUGGACAAUGCUGAGCUCGAUUCCGCUCAUCGCGGUGUGCAUGUCCCAAGACUGGUGGACGGGCCCCGUCGCGCGUGCGGGCACAGGCGACAUCGCGAUGAUGGUCUCAUUCGUGUACAGUGUUCCCAUGUACGCCUUCGCCCGCAGGCUCGAGCUGCGCUACACGUCGUCUGCGUAACAGGUCCCUUCCGCCCUUCGGCCCUGUAUCACACAAGCAAAGCAAAAAGCA